AUGUUGAUAAAUGGCGAUUCCAUGGACGAGGUCAAAACCCUAGCUGCCCUCUUUACAGCAAAAAGUGACGAGAACUGUCAAGAACUCGAGCUCCAAAGUGUUGAUCUGGAUUAUGAGCUGACAAGCUUGCUCAUUCAAGUUAUUGAAUCGAGGAAGUGGCAAUCCGUAAGGUUAUCUCUCUGCCAGGGUCUAGUAAAUGAUGUGGUGACAGCAUGUAUGGCGCAUCAAGUACAGUCAGUUUUCCUUCAGGUGCCUAUCAAUAUCAAUAUGAUGAAUGCGCUUGCUUACGGCCUUAACUACUCGAAGUCACUCGUGACGCUCCAGCUAUCUGGCAGUCUUUCGGGUAUCGAGACGUCAGAUUUUGCAAAGGCUAUUGCGCGAAAUGUGUGCUUGGAAGAGUUGGAUCUAUCAGAUUGUACAAUCGAUACGCAGUGCUUAGGAAUCCUGGGGUUUGCUCUCCGCAUCAAUCGCACCAUAAGGAGUGUUGUUCUCAACGGUUGCUACCUCGAGGACGAGAAUUUGGCACAUCUGCUGUCGGCAUUGCAGGACAGCCCAGCACUAAAAUCCCUCUCUGUGCAAAGAAAUUAUUGCCAAGAACAAUCAAUGUCCAUGAUUUCCUCAUUACUACACUAUGAUGAUAUCGAGGAACUAAACAUGAGCUACCUGCUUCGGAAAAAGAAAGACGCCCAACCCGAAGUCGUCCAGGAAUCUUUGAUCGAAUCCGAACCAGAGAUCGAGACUCCAGAAGAGGUACCUUCAAAUGAAUCCGAAGAAGCAAAUAAGCACAACGACGAUAAAGCUAUGUUAGCUCCUUCUCCUGGUGAAUCCGAGAAGGAAAGUGACACCAAAGAAGAGAAAACCGACUCAGAGCCAGAAGAGGCGUCUGAACCUGAACCAGAAUCUGAGAAUCACGCUCAGAAUACAUCUCUAAAGAACUUGCAGCUUGCGGCAAAUGGAUUGACUGAUGGAUUUAUUGAAAGCACUCUGAAACUCUUUGGAAAGGACAGCGUAUUAGAGGAAUUAAACUUGUUUGGUAACAGAAUGACUGAUCUGUCAAUGCAUCGGAUAAUUGAAAGAUUACCUGAUCUGAAGCAGUUGAAAUCCCUGUGGAUAGGGCACAAUAACUUCACUAUUACAGGCUACAGCGCCCUGCUUCUGGCGAUGCAAAAUAAUUUUGUUUUGGAAGAAGUUAGUAUCGUCACACUAAACACCGAUGCUCAAGUUGAAGGAAUACAAAAGAAGAUUGAUCACUACACUCGUUUGAAUCGUGGAGGUCGCAAAAUAUUCGCCUCAGAUGUUACCGAGUUACCGAAGUCAAUCUGGCCUCUUAUCUUGGAGCGAAGCAACAGAAUAAAAUGGGAUGACGGAGAUGACGUCGAGUCGAAAGUUGUUUCAUAUUCCGCUGAUGCGAUUUUUUGCCUACUCCAAGGGCCUGCAUUGCUUGAUGCUUCAUGA